CGAUGUGGGAAUAAACCGGAGUGCCCGGAGAAAACCCACGCAGGGAAGGGGAGAACAUGCAAACUCCACACAGGCGGGGCCGGGAUCGAACCCGGGUCCUCGGAACUGUGAGGCCAACGCUUUACCAGCUGAUCCACCGUUCGUGAACCGAGUACCGCUACGCAACAGGUCACACAGUAUUUGCAUAAAAAAAAAAGCGAACACGUGUUUUAUUUUGGAGGUGUCAGCCGGACAUCCGCGUCAGCUCCGAGCGGCUUCGCUGGCUGACUUUUCGUCGGCUGCGAGCUGUAAACCGCUCCUGGUCUCCAACCUGCUUGUUGAUCGCUCCGGGCGGCGGAUUAACACGGGCCGGUUUAUUAUUAGCUCGACUGGCACCGCGGGGCGGCUUUGACUCGACGGGAGGAGCCGUCGUUAAGCAGCCGACACCGCGUUACGGCGGUGCUUUUUGUCGAGUUUUUGCAAGCUGAAGAGGCUUUUUACGUCCUUCCGCCAAUGUAGCUCGUUUAGCUAGCAGCGUCGCCUUCACAUCGUUUCUACUGCGCCGUUUUUCUUCCCCUUUCUUUGUGUUUUUUGUUGUUGUUGUUCCUCUUCAGCUUGCUCGAUAACCAUCGCAGUCGGCGGUGCGCGUAAGUGUCGGAAAAAAAAAAAAAAGGGAGUCAAGAUUGAGGAUUCAUCCCGAGGCUGUCAACCGGCCUCACCCCCCCUCCACCCCCGGUCACCGAGCGAAUUAAUGGCCGGAAAUCCGAGGAGGGGCGCGGGUCUCAUCGGCUUGAUGAAGGACGCCUUUCAGCCCCACCAGCAGCCCCUGCAGCCCCACCAACCCGCCGUGGUGGACAAGAAAAUGGUGGAGAAGUGCUGGAAGCUCAUGGAUAAGGUGGUGCGCUUGUGCCAGAACCCCAAGGUGGCGCUGAAGAACAGCCCGCCUUACAUCCUGGACCUGCUGCCCGACACUUACCAGCACCUGCGCACCAUCCUGUCGCGCUACGAAAACCGCAUGGACAUGCUGGGGGAGAACGAGUACUUCCGCGUGGUCAUGGACAACCUGACCAACAAGACCAAGCAGACCAUGAGCCUCUUCAAGGAGGCCAAGGAGAGGAUGUACGAAGAGAACUCGCAGCCCAGGCGAAACCUCACCAAGCUGUCGCUCAUCUUCAGCCACAUGCUGGCCGAGCUCAAAGCCAUCUUCCCAAACGGGCUAUUCCAGGGCGACAACUUCCGCAUCACCAAGGCCGACGCCGCUGAGUUUUGGAGGCGCUCCUUCGGGGAUAAGACCAUCGUCCCGUGGAGGACGUUCCGCCAGGCACUGCACGAGUUCCACCCCAUUAGCUCGGGCCUGGAGGCCAUGGCGCUCAAGUCCACCAUUGACCUCACGUGCAACGAUUACAUCUCCGUCUUUGAGUUCGACAUCUUCACCAGGCUCUUCCAGCCAUGGUCAUCUCUGUUGAGGAACUGGAACAGUCUGGCUGUCACACACCCGGGGUACAUGGCCUUCCUCACGUACGACGAGGUCAAGGCUCGUUUGCACAGGUUCAUCCACAAGCCUGGCAGCUACAUCUUCAGGCUGAGCUGCACGCGACUGGGCCAGUGGGCCAUCGGCUACGUGACGGCAGACGGCAACAUCCUGCAGACCAUCCCUCAUAACAAGCCUCUGUUCCAAGCGCUCAUCGACGGCUACAGAGAGGGAUUCUACCUAUUCCCAGAUGGUCGUGCACAGAACCCAGACCUAACAGGGCUGUGUGAACCGUCUCCACAAGACCACAUCAAAGUCACGCAGGAGCAGUACGAGUUAUACUGCGAGAUGGGCUCCACGUUCCAGCUGUGCAAGAUCUGCGCCGAGAACGACAAGGACGUCAAGAUCGAACCGUGUCGACACCUGAUGUGUACUUCCUGUCUGACUGCCUGGCAGGAUUCGGAGGGUCAGGGUUGCCCCUUCUGCCGCUGUGAGAUCAAGGGCACCGAGCCCAUCGUGGUGGACCCCUUCCACCCCAAGGCCAGCGGGGGGGCUUUCGCCGGCUUCCAGGGGGGAGCCAGCCGGGCGGAGGCGGCCACCACCAACGACGAGGAAGACGACGAGCGUCUGGAGGACCAGAACCUCGUCAUGAGCAGGCUGGCCUGUAGCAAGGUGGACCGCCCGCCAUCUCCCGUGUCCCAGCUGCCUCCGGUCCCGCCCCGGCUGGACCUCCUUCAGCAGAGACCCUCCAGCUCACACAGCCAACUGGUCCAAGGAGCCUGCCCUAAGAUGGGGCCCACACACCGGGACAAACCCCUCCCGCUGCCCCCGGCACUCCGAGAGCUGCCGCCGCCGCCCCCUCCGGAGCGCCCCUCGCUGGCGGCGUCGGACUCCAGGCUCCAAAGGAGACCCCUGCCCUCAACGCCCGACACGCCCGCCUGGACCGCCAACUACAUGGUGCCGCGGCCCGUCUGCAAGGCGCCCACCGCCGCCCUGCCCGCCGCGCCUCAAAGCGGCGGCGCCGAGGCAAACAAGGCGCAGGCGGCCACCAAUGCCAUCUACUGCCUGGCCGCCAGGUCGCUGCCGACGUCGGCCGUGUCCAGCAGGGAAAAGUUGCCGACCGACAGCGAGGAGAACGACUACAUGAGUCCCACCUCCCUGCCAGCAUCGGGCGCCGCGUGGAUCAUUAACGGCUCCUUGGUGCCGCCGCCGCCUCCUCCCAACCAAUCAGACCACCACAAUGGCGUCAGCGGCGUGGACGUGGACUCCGGCGACCCUCAGGUGUACGAGGCCAUGUGCAACAUCCAGGCCCAGGCUGCCUCUUCAGAGGCCAGCGAUCACGAACGUCCUCAGCACUCCUCCUCCGUGGUCUACCAGCCCAAGUCCACGGACGGCUCCUUCGAGGACGCGUACGAGUACGACUGCCCCCGCCCUCUGGCCCCACCGGCGCCCGCCCGGCGUGCCCUGGCCGACUUCAACGGUCCUUCCAAAGCGUUCGGCACGCUCAGCAUCGACGGAGCCGCCGAAGCCGGUUUGUACGCAGCCGGCGCGGACCCCGAAAGCCCCCCCAAACCCCUCCCGCGCCGCGCCAACUCAGACCGGCGGAUCCGGCCGCCGAACCGCGAGCUCCCCUCUGUCUCGCAGGAGCAGCCCCUCCGGCCCUCCGCCUCGCACACGCCGCCUCCGCCCUCGGCCGCCGGCGUGGCCCUGAGCGGCGAGAUCGAGUGCCUGAUGUCUCAGGGCUACUCCAUCCAGGACAUCCAGAAGGCGCUGAUGAUCGCCAGGAACAACCUGGAGACGGCCAAGAACAUCCUCAGAGAGUUUGUGUCGGUUCCGUCGCCCGCGCACAUCGUCACAUAGUCCCGCCGCAACCCCCGUCUCGUGCCAUCGGUCGCCUCCGAACUCUUUCACGCUUCAUCCCGCGAGGAAAAACUUUAAAAGCCUUUAAAUGUUCAUAAACGUGUACGACGUAACCACUCGAGGGACCACCGCCUGGGCUCAAUGUGACACAAGCGCCGCUAGCCGUUAAUGUCGUCGUGUUACGUUGCGACCCGCUUUGUUUAAUAAUGAAAACAAUAACGUACGAACAAGGUUGUCCGUGGUUCUGCAACGGAGAUGGGCAUUUGGAGCCAAACGGCAGCAUAUAUUUCUGGGCGUGUUCGUUUCCACAGCCUUUGUUUACGUCAACUUCCUGCUACUAUUUGUUCUGAUUCCUGUUUAGGCAGAGAGGUCCCGAUACCUUUAUUUUGCAGCCCAUUUAAGGUAACGUCGAUGACAUCACUGUCAUUGUCGCUUCGUCUCGAAUUGUUCGACAGCCCAUUAAAGCUUCAACAGUAACAUCGUGUCGAGCUUGAAGACAUUUUUUCUAUUUGUUCCGCAGCCCAUUUGCCCAUCCUUAGUUCCGUGCGUCGCCUGACUUCUGAGACGUGUUCGACCUUUUUUUUUAGCGCUACACGCAGCCUCGAGGUUCUCUUGGACCGUUUUCAGACUGAAACGCGCCAACAAAGUAAGAAAGCCGCUUUCCCUAGCUCGCGGCGGACGGGCGAAGAGCGAGCGCAUUCCAUUCCGGGUUUACUCGAACGAAUCUCGUCAGUUCGUGUCUGUUAAAUGUGCCUUUCGGCAGGUUUGCUCGCCAUUUCGGAAGACUUUUCUUCCUCCAGUAGCCACAGAUGGUAUUAAUAAGAAAAAGAGAUUAACAGUUUCAAUGCUAGUACUAAAGAAUUGUCGUCUCGGGACUGAUGUAACCUAACGUGGUAGCACAUUGACUUCAUGUCACAUGUUUAAGGCCUUAAGGAGGACUUUUUAAGGUGAUACGUUUUUAUUUUGGAGAGCCACUCGAGGGAUCUCGCGUGAUUGACGAUAACCUCCGUGCUAUAUGUCUUCUCUCGACUUACACUUUUGUGUCUUUCAGAAAGACAACCCCCCCCCCUCGUCCCCUCCGCGCUCUCUCAUUCGAUUGGUCACCUCCAACACGCCUCAUUUACAAGACAGAAAAUGUCUGAUUUAAAAUGGACGCUUAAACAUGUACACUUUAAAAGAAGUCUUUAAACUUGCCUUUUUUUUCUCUCAACUCGCCUACUAAAAUGUUUGUUGCUGCUUUGUCAUUAUUUAAAUGAUUUAUUUAUUGUCUUUUUAAUAUCCUCUGCAUUUGUUGUGUUGCCAUGAUUUCAUGCCCAAGCCAUUAAGAUUUUUAAUUAAACUAUUU